AUGUCAAACCAACCCUCAGGGAGGACAAUUGUGCAACCGUCUGCACCAAAUCCCAGCGAAGGGAUUGAUACAGAUUUUGAUACCAACUCUAUCAGUGCCACAGUCGGCGGAUCAUCCUUUGGAACUUCCAUAUCUUCAUCGACCCUAAAAUACCGAUAUGAAAAUGGAAGAAGAUACCAUGGCUACCACAGCGGAUCGUACCUACUACCGAAUGACGAGGCGGAACAGGAGCGGCUGGAUCUCCAUCACCACAUAUUCCGUCUGACACUCGGCGGGCGACUCUUCCGCGCCCCCAUCACCGCGCAUCCCGAAAGGGUGUUAGAUUUUGGGACGGCAACGGGGAUUUGGGCCAUUGAUUUUGCCGACGAAUUCCAAUCCACCACGGUGAUCGGGAACGACUUGAGUCCCAUUCAACCGUCCUGGAUCCCUCCCAACUGCAAGUUUUAUGUCGACGAUGUCGAGAGCGAGUGGGUUUAUCUUCCCGAGGAAGCGUUUGAUUUUAUCCACGGGCGAGGAAUGGGGGGGAGCAUAGCAGACUGGAACACAUUAUACGGCCGCAUAUUGGACAAUCUGAAGCCUGGCGGGUGGAUUGAGAUGCAGGAGUAUGAAGCGUGGGUUCACUCCGACGACGAUCCGACGCUGCAAAAAUGCCCCAACACCCUCCGCUGGCAAACCCUGGCCGAUGAAGCGAGUAUCAAGUUCGGAAAGAGGCUAAAUUCUGCCUCUGAGCAGAAGGGGAACUUGAUCAGGGCCGGUUUUAAGAAUGUUGAGGACGAUAUAUACAAGGUCCCCAUGGGAACAUGGCCGAAAGACAACAACCUUAAAGAGAUCGGCGCAUUCCAGAUGGAACACAUGUGCAGCUGUAUCGAAUCGUUUACAUUCGCCCUUUUCACGCGUAUUCUUGGCUGGGACAUACAAGAGACCCAGCUGCUGUGUGACGCGGUACGAAAGGAAUUCCGCGACCCCAAGAACCACCUCUACACUGUAUUCCACUUCGUCUAUGGCCAACGGGCAAGCAACUAA